ACCUGCUGAGCCUUGUUGUUUUUCCUCGACAUGUAGCGGGAAGGGGCACGAAUUUUGCCCAAAUCAUGGAGAAUUUUAACGGGACUUCGGAGGUUGAUGGGGACUCUGAAGUUGUGUCAGGAGACCUUAAUAGCAAUGUUGAGGCUGACAUAACAUCACCUGUACUGCUUGAUGGAAGUGUAGUUAUAGAAGGGGCUCAAAAUGUUGUGGAAGAGCAGCAACAAAUGCUGAUGAAUACCACGCAAGGUGGUAUGAUGGAAGAACCACAAGACCAGAAUUCACAUGUUGUUAUGCAAGACAACUGUAGUGACGCUGUAGAUUUUGUGCCAGCAGUAGCUUUACCAAACCCCGCUCCAGAAGAUGUAGGUGCCAGUAAUGGAGAUAUGGAUCAUGAUAUGGACAUGAAACAUGAAUCGUUGCAGGGAACUGAUUAUGAUCACAAUGAGAUAUCUGGGCUAGAACAGUCUGUUCCAGAUGUGUCGGGUGAAGGAAAUGGGACAUCUUGCUUGGUAGACACUGAUGCUUUGAGUCCAGACCAGGAUGGAGAGAUGCUGUUACGAAACUUGGUAAAUGAGAGCUUUCAAACAAGAGUAUGCACAUCAAACACUCAAGAUAAUAUUAUUGUAACUACAAGCACACCUCAAAUUCAAGCCUUCCAUCAACAGCAGCAACCACAGCCUCAGCAGACAACAGCAACAACUUUAUCUAGUGUUCUAAGUGGGACUUCAACAGCUAAUUUACAAGGAAUUAUUAACAACUUGUCUGGGAGCACUCCGACGAGAAUAGUCAUUCAAACCAACAAUCAGAUUUCUCCCUCCAAGUCAAGUGGAGGUCAUUAUCUUAUCCAGGUAGGAGGAACACCUGUAAGUAUUGCACAGCCACAGCUAUUAACUGUAGGAAAUAAGAAUCGCAUUGUGAUAAGGGCUGGUAACAACAGUCAAGGAAUUGCCAGAGUCCCAAUUAAUCAGGUUGAGUCUGACAGCUCCUCUCAAAGUGGUGUCUUUAAAGUAAUCAUUCCUGAGGGGACGACCAAAGUCACCAAGGCAAACACAACAGCAGCAAGCCAGAAUGAGUCCUUCAAAAAGCAAAUACAAGUAAAUCUCUCAGAGGGUGGCAUCCGUAAGCCAAGAUAUGUCUCCAGCACUCAGACACAGCCACAAGGGAGUCCAGACUGGGAGGAUGCCUUUGAUAAGCCAAAUGAUAGUAAAAGAUUUUAUGAGUGUCCUACCUGCAACAGCAAGUUUAUGAAGCCUUUAUUUUUAAGGAAACACAUGAGGAGUUGUAAAAAAGAAGAAGUCAAAGUUGAGAAGACUCCCCUGUUCAUGUGCUCAUUUUGUAAGAUGACAUUCAAAACUCGUCCUCAAAUAUCACAGCACUUUCUGAAGUGUUACCAUAGUCCAUAUCGGAAGACAUCGUCUCCUAUGAAGAGGAAAGGUGAAUCUGAAGGUGAUGGAGGUCCGGCCAAGCGAGGGAAGAUUGAUCCUGUGUCUGUUGAUCCAGUAUUGGAACAAGCUGUACAGUUCAGAUGUCAGGACUGUGACCGCACCUUCAGUAAGGAACGUCAGUAUUCAAGCCACAUCAAAAAGUGUACCAAAGUGUCCGUUCAUGACCUCACUGGAGCAAGGCCCAUCAUUGACGGUGAAGAAGAGGAAGAGGAUGAUCCAGAACCCCAGGAAGAUCCCUUUGCUGAUCCUGACCCUGUGCCAGUUGUUUCUAGAAGAGGGCGGGGGUUAGGGAGGCGUGGGAGACCUCCUGGGAGAGCUGGUGCAAAUGCCAACAGGGGAGGAAUAAGAAACUCAGGGGAACUCUUUGAAGGAGAAAUACCUUCGCCCACAUCUCGUGGUCUUUUAGUUGCCGAUAACGUAGGGUUGGUUCGAAGCACAACAGGUUUAGCGCACACAGUUCAGAUGGCACUUGAAAGUGCAAUGCAAGAUGGAGAACCACAGCCUUUAGCUAUGGUUGCAGAUUUUAAGGGCGUACGGGGGAGAGAAAGGCCACCUCAGGCAUGGUCGUUGGUCUGUUCCUUGUGCCAGAAGAUGUUUAUUACCAAAGUAGCUUUAGCAAAUCACAUUAUGGCUGAACAUGGAGCAGACUUAACUCACAUGCGCAGUGUUUUGGAUGGCAAUGUGAAAAAUAAUCAGCCUCUUCACAGAUGCCCCAUAUGUGGCCUUAAUUAUCAAAAUGAGGAGCAGUUCAUUGAACACAUGGUUCUGCAACACACUCAACGGUUACAGGAAACGUUUACGAAACUACAGGGACAGACUGCGACUUUCGUAUGCUCUCUCUGUUCAUUGGUGCUAUUAACAAAGAAUUUAUUGGUAGAACACCUAAGCCAGAUUCAUUUGGAGGAGUUGGAUUCACUUGCACAAGGGGAAACCCACGUAGAAAUACCUUCCAAAAACAAGGGAACUGUAAAUGCUACCACAUCGCAAGCGUCAAGACAGACAUCUGGACAUAGCCACCCCAUUAAAGUAGAAAUGAGCAGCAACCAUGGUCUUAUACCUGAAGAAGAGUCCAACAUGAAAGAAGAACCUCCGGAUGAUGAGUGCAUGGAGUGUGGGUUUUGUGGUGAAGAAAUUGAAUCACGAGAAGAUAUGGUGGAGCAUUAUAUCAAUUGCCAUGGAGUUGAAACCGAUGAUGAUGGAUGCCUUAUGGACCUGGGUAUAGAUGUUGAUGUGAAAGUAAAAGAUACAAAGAGUCUCCUCUCAUUGGCUGAUACCAGGGCUGACGAUUCCCUCCCAGAGAAAACCGUCCUAUUGCGUAAGAAGCCAAGACAGAGCUGGCAGUGUAAUGAAUGUCAGCAAGUAUUUUCAAAGCAUUUUGACUUCCUCCGACAUGUUCGUGAGGUAUGCAGUGAUUUAAAUCAACAGAGCAAGUCUGGUUCUCCUAAACCUGGAAGUUUUAGAUGUCAAGAACCAGGCUGUAGUCAUCUCACCUUUUAUCAGGUAAAAUUGCUUUUCAAACACAUGGAAGAAGUGCAUGGGAUUGUUGUACCACGGGAAUUCAAGACAUUUAAAACCUUACCACUUUUUUACCAGUGGCUUAGUGGGGAAGAAAAGAAGUACAAUGUCCGAUACAUAAGAGACACUACUCGUAUUGAAAAGCAAGAUGUAAAACUCAUCCAGUUGGUCUGCCAUCGCUUUCACACCGCCAAAAUGGACCAGUUUAAAGAAAAAAAGGAGGGAGAUUCCUCUGAUGGAGACUCGCCCAGCAAAAUCAAACGUAGAUGGUUUGUGCGAAUCCAGCGCUCAAGCAAUUGCCAUGCUCGUAUCCAUCUCAAGGUUCAGUAUAAUCCUAGUACUGAGGACUUUGAUGGGGAAACUCAAAUGGUGUAUUAUCCUCAGCACACACACAGUGAAGACGAUCAUCCUCAGGAUCUCAUGAGAAGAGUGAUGGAGAGACACGCAAGAGACAAGUUCAGAAAUGGAAAUCGUAAGAGGCUGAAGCAGAAUUCCUUUGAAAAGGGGAAGGUUAUUAGUGACGAAUUAGGUGGGGUUAUGUUAACAGGCACCGCUGAAGGGUUUGAAGGACACCAAGUAAUAACGGCUGGAACAUUAAAGCUAGAGGAAGGGACUCUCACUGUAGAUCAGUAUAUGAAAGAGUUUUGUCAGACUCAGCUAAAAAGUGAAGAUGGGACUGCAGUGAUUGUAUCAACUGGAGUUGGUCCUGCAGCUGUAGCAGCAUUUAAAAACAAAAAGGAUCAGGUACCAACAUCAUCUGUGUUGAUGCAGGCUGAUGUUGCAACACCGUCACUGUUUGUAAAUAGUACUAGUAAUAGUGGUGGAACAUCUGCAGUAUUGGUUGAAAGUGGUGAACCUGGAACCUAUGUUGUGCAAGAUGGUUCUGUGGUGAGUGUUUCUCAGGAUGAUACUUCCCAGAAAGACAUGGGGGCAGAGGAGUAUGUUCUUCCGGCUGAUGAAUCUGAGUGGACUAAGCUUUUUGAAGUAUUGCGGUUGAGACUUUUAACGCCUGAACUUAAUGAUGAGGAGAAAGCUGAAGGAGAGAGCCUUUUAUCAUAUGAAAAUGUGAUAUCAUAUUUACCAUUAUCAGAGCAAGUUACCAUUUUUCAACAGUUAUGCUUAUUGACGAACACAGCAAUCGAAACAGCUGAUUAAUGUAAGAAUGCACAAAUUUUACAGACACAAAAGUUUCUCAUUAAUUUUUAUGUUCUUGAGGAUUCUUUGUUUCAAAAGCACAAGAAAUUUUUUUUAGUAGUCUGCUUUGUAAGGUGACCGAACUUUUAGCAUGUAUUCUAGUCCAAUUAUCUGUGACUUCCAUCUCUGUUAGGCUGUAAUGAUCAAAACCCACAGUUUGUUGACUGGAACUGAAAACAUUUUAAUUAUUGUUAUGACUGUUGUUAUUAAUAUUACUAUUGAUAUUCAGCAUCUGUAUUUAUGUAGGUGGAACAAGCCAUGAAAGACUUUUGAGUUGCAAAGCAGAGGUCUGCAAAGUAGAUUGUAUAUAACAGUGAAGAGAAGACCCAUGAGUUAAGAUAAAUUAAUGAAAACCAGUCUAUAUAUGUAUAAGCAACAUAUCAGAAAAAAGACAGUGGUGCGUGCGUCUGUAAAGUAGUAUUAAGGGGGACUUUGAAAAUAUAAGAGCUCUGUCAUUGGGAACAUUUCCAUAAAAGCCUUUCCUCUAUUUUUUUAAAGUAAAGGGGUGACUUACCUUGGUCCUGGGCAGUACGACAUCAAAGCACCUGAAGAGAAUGUGAAUAAUGCCUCAAAGUGAAUAGAAUACUGGCUGUAGAGUUUACAUGUACUAAAAAUGAUUGAAUGCCAUUAUCGAUUUUUUAAAUAGACUUAUGGCAUUGCUGUAAAUAUUCAAGUUUUAUCAUUUAUACUUGCCAGUUUUAAUAGUCUUUGAGGUAGGUAGAUUUAGCCAGCCUUGUGAUGGUACGGGCUCUUUGAGGUGAAUUGAAAUUUUGAUAGUUUUGUAAGCCAGUAAGGUAAACCUUUCAUUAUGAAUUAUUUAAUAGAAGAAACUUGAGUGCUUGCACAAAUUAAUUUUUGAUAAGGUUAAUAUUAUAUCAAUCUUUGAUUGGGCAGACCAGAAGGACUGGAUGAGAAGGAAAAGGCUGAAAGCUUUGCAACGGAGCUAUAAAAGGAAUGCUGCAAAACCUGUUAUAACAUCAUUUAUGUGUGAUUAUGUGGAAUGAUUAAGGCAUCCUUAAUCUUUUUUUCCAUGUUAAAUUUUGUGCUAUUUUCCCUUGGUAAUACGGAGUGACAAAAGCUUCCUAAUCUCUUUUUCAAUAAUACAUAAUGAUAAAGGUUCUCUAAACUCAUUUUUUCAUGUUUGUCUUUUCAUAAAUCAGAUGGGUUGCUCUAUUUGUUUGAUUUUUUGAAGGGGAAUUGGUCACUGAUGCAUUAAAUCAAAGCAUGUCACACAGUUCUUGAAACAAAUUGCUCCUGCACAACCUUAAGAAUGAGGCUGUUGAGCAGAAUAAAAUUAAGUUAAUGAAAACACCUUACAGCCUUUUUGGUUUUUUUGAAGAAAUAUGCUGUUCUUCUUGAAGGGCUGUUUUCAGAUGUACGUAUAUUUGGACUAGAAUAAUUUAUUAUUUACUACAGUCUUAAUUACAGUAUGUAAUUCAGUAUAUUGGGGUCAAGUUUAUUUUUAACAGGAUAAUGGAGAAAGGUCUUUUCCUAUUAUAAAUUUGUUAUACAUUUUACCUUCUUUCAGGCAUUUCUUCAAGGUACUUUUUUUUUUUUGAAGGGACAAGGUCUUUACAAAGCCACAUUGAUACAAAAUUAGUGGAAACAUUAGUUUUGCACAAAUUAGUGAUACUUUUGUUUAUGCACUUUGUUAGAAACUCAUGUGCAGUGUUAUGCAAACGGUUAAAUUUUACAUGUACUAUAUUCCCUUGUCUUGUAUCAAAAUAUGGCCCUUUCAAUGGGCUUAGGAGUGUACUGCAUGAUAUUUGUGUACAUACAGAAUUGUAAAUAGUUUAUUAAUGUCUUUCUCAAUUCCUUUGAGGAAGAGUUACGCCUCUGUGAAUAAUGUAUUUAGUUUUUUGCACUCGUUGUAAAUACCAAAUGCUGAUAAAAAGUGUCCUUCAGUAACGUGAGUCAGAGGAGAUGUCAGUUGAAGCCAUAUUUAAUCUUUAGUUGCUCUGUUCUACUGAUGGUCACAGAUAGAUAAAAGUAUAUAAUAUGUUCUUAAGUACAAGUAACUUCCAAUGCCUCUUACUAGUAAUGGAUCCUAUUGUUAUUUACAUUUUAUGCACCCAGAAUCAUCUUUUUUGUUUUCAUAGGCUCUAUUAUUCAUUAUAAGGAUAUCAUUGUAAUUACCAUGAAGCAGAUUUAACCUUUGCAUUAUUGAAUCUAUUUCAUUCUUUUUUUUUUUUUUUUUUUUUUUUUGCCUGUUGUGAAAACUUGCUAAGAUUCUGGAAAUGAAAAUGAUAAUAUGCCUUGGCUUUUCACAGUUUUGAAGUAGAUGAGCAGGGACUCUUCCAAAUUACCAUCAUCAAAUUGUUGUGAUAAUGAGGUCAGCUGUGUUUUUUGUCGAAGAUCCAAAAACAGUACAGAACUAAUUGCAUGUGCAUACUUGAAAUUUUUGUCAUAAUUGGCAUAUUAUAGCAUUAAAUCUUUGAAGAUUGCAUGUAUUGCACAUAGUAAUGAUCAUGCUUUGUUUUUCUGUGUCAUGAACUUACAUAUUCUUGUGAUGUCUAUUGGAAAAUUCUCCAAAUCUAGUCCUUCCAGUUUUUUUUUUUUUCUUUUUUAAUUUAGUGAAUACAUUCCUGUGGAGUAUUUUCUUUUGGCAUACACAGUUACACAGUUGUCUCAUGAGAUUUAGGUGCCUAACAGCAAAUCAGUUUGUCCCUGUAGCGUCUUGACAGUUCACCUAUUGCUUUUGUAGCUGAAUGGCAGUUAAUCCAUUUGUCCUUUGGUGCCAUAAUUCUCUCUCUCUCUCUCUCUCUCUCUCUCUCUCUCUCUCUCUCUCUCUCUCUCUCUCUCUCUCUCUCGUGUAUAUACUAUGCAAAAGUCUUCUCUUGUUUUGGUGUAAAAUUUAGUUUUAUAGAUAUUUUUCAGUCUUGAGGUUUUAUGAUGAUGUUGCAGUAAGAUACAUAUGAUGAUAGAUGAAAUCCAGCACUAACAGUUAGAUGUCACAAAAGAUGCCUGGUGCUCUUUACUUGUUAUGUUAAUUACUGGAUAUAGUUUUCAUUUGUCUCAACUUCCAAUAGGGCCUCUUAGGUUUUAUAAGCUCUAAUUUUUAUUAUAGUGGACAGUCCUAAAGUUUCAUUAAUUUCAAUGGACUACUUUAUGCACAAUCUUCUUCUUUCUUUCCCUACAUUUCCAUUUUUACGUAGGUUAUUACAGAUCAUGUUGCCCAAGAAUGCCGUAAAUUGUAUCGUACUUCUUGAUAUUAGAAUUUAUUACAGAUCAUUUUACCCAAGAAUGGCAGUAAAUUGUAUGGUAUUCCCUGAUAUAUAGAGAACUUAACACAUAUUCUUUUUGAUGUAUACUUCUUGGAAGUUAUUGAACUUUUUUCAACUUAGAUAUGAAACUAUAGUGAAAUGCUCAGUAGACUGUUGUCUUGACAGGUAAUUUUCCCAAGUGGGGAAAAUGUAUAAUUGUUUUUUCAUCAGUUUAUAUAAUUUGUACAUUCCAGCACUCCUUUUUUUUUCUUUUCUUUUUUUUAUGCACGGUAACUUAGAUAAAUACAGUAAUUGUUCAUACUUUUUUCUUAGUGUUAUGGAACAAAAAUUGCCCACUUUCCAGCUCUAUGAUUUCUGAAAUACAGUUGAAGCCAGUUUGCAUGGUCUGAACUUUUAGUUGCCGAUUACAUUCCUAUCUACUCUUGGCAGAUGGUAGUCAAAACCUUGGGUUGGAAAGCUUGAUAUCUCAUUUUAUUUUUCAUUCUGUCAGACAGUUGCAUUUUCAUCAAUAUGUUAACAUGAGUAGAAUCUUAGAACUGUAGUUUCCACUUACUGUAUAGUACAACAUUUAUAAACUUCUGUCACUUUGUACAUAUGUAUAAGUGAGUGUGGGUUGCAUUUUAUCUUUUUCUAUAUUACUGUAGGGCAGUGUGUGGGCAACUUAUAUUCCUGAAUUGCUUUUUUUUUCCCCAUUGUUAUAUGUUUCGUUUUUUUAAUACUAAAGAAGUGAAGAUAGUUACUUGGAGAAUGUUGUUCUUAUGUGUUUUCAUUCUCUUAGUUAUUCUUCCUCUUCGUGGGGUCUGUAUUAAAGAAAAAAUGUCCUCAUUUCCAAUAUAGACUUGAACUUUGCAAGUACUUUUUCCGAAGUUUCCUUAAAGCAGAAAGUUUAUAUUUACCUACAAGCUUUUGUAUUUGAUUUGCAUACAGUUUUUAAAGUUUCUUUUUUUUUUUUCAUCUUGCCUGCAAAUUGGGGGUGAAGGGUGGGUCUUGUUAAGUACAGUACAGUACUAGAAAGACAUUGGGCUACAAGGUGAUUUAAUCUUUGAGGAAGUGUGACUGAAGAUGUUUUAUUGAAAUUUUUACCAAAACUUAUAGAUGGGUAAAGUGUUUAGGUAGCACAUUUACAUAGUAGGUUCUUUUUGUGCUUUCCUCACUAUACUUUUAUUCAUUAGUUCGUUCAUGUCCUGUUUACUGUAUAUUUGUCUGAAAUGGAUGACGGCCUGCCAAGCAUAUAGCGAAUGUUUUCUGCUUCAACUAAAGCAUGAUAGGUAAAGAAGCAACUGGUUUAUACCAUUCUUAAUCAUGUACUAUAUAAUUUUUCUUUGAUAUAAUUAAAAUUUUAUUAGUAAUGAAUGCAAUGUAUGAUGUUGAAAAAAAAAAUUAAUAAGAGCAAAGGACAGACUUCCAUAGCAUGGUUCUUAUCCCUGCUGUUUAAAUAUUGUUAUUGUGGAUGGUGGUUGUCUUCCGCAAGGUAUUUUACUGCAUAGGGACUGCAAAAAUAGUCAUCUGAGGAAUAAACACACACACGAGAUUUGAAAUUGUAGGUGAUGCUGUUAUUUGUACCAUGCUGAUUUAAUCUAUAUUCCAGAGUCUUAGCAGCAGUUUUUAUUUGUUUUGAAUAAAAAAAAAAAAUUGAAUCAGAGUACCUGAUGUCUGUGCUCUUGGUUGCUUUAUGUAUAGCUGUAUAUUAAUUUACUCCUAAAAUGCCUGUGAAGUACCUGCAAAUAAAUAAUAGAUCUAA